GGUAUCACUAAAUAAGUCAUCAAGCGGGUGUGUUCGUUCGGUUUUGUGUUGUUUAAUUUUCUUUCGAAUAUUUCUGUUGCCGAGUUAGUUUUAUUUACCUUUAUUGUACAAACAAUGCGCGUGGCCUGCUGAGCAGAGGAAGGAUUGCAUUUGAGAUAGUGAGCAAGCCAAGCAGCAAUGAUGUGGCACUUGUUGCGAGCACUGCUCGUGAUAGCCGCCGUUUUGGAUGCUCUGCAGCCGGCGGUAGGUCAGAGCGACACCUACUACAACAUCAACCCAAAUCAGCAACAGCAGCAGAAUCCCCAGCAAUCGCUUCUGCCCAACCAGCAGUGGGGCAACAUCAACAAUCCCCAGACAAAUCAAUAUGGCAUCAAUAACCUGAAUAGUCAGCAAUCGAAUCCCAACGAUCGCCCGCCCUACAGAACCGAUUUGGCGGGGGGAAGCUUCAACGAUCUUACCAGCCAGGAUGAGUAUGGGAAGCGGAACGGCUAUCCGGACAACGAGGAGCCGAGCUUGACCAGGGGAAAGUCAUCGUACAAUAUCAAGGCCACCUUCCUGGAGUCGCUGCACUCGCGAGAGCCCACCUACUUUAUAGUGGCAUCGCGAAUGGUCAGGCCUGGUCUAAUCUACCAGGUUUCGGUGUCCAUUCUCCAAGCCCAGUAUCCCAUAACCGUGCAUGCCAGUAUCGCCUGCGAUGGCGUCCAAAUCAGCGGCGACUCCAAGGAUGUCAAGGAGGGAGUGCCGGAGACAUUGCUCAUGAGGAUACCGCCCACCAGUGUGACUGGAAAGUAUAGGCUGAGAGUGGAGGGCUUCUACCAGAAUGUCUUCGGUGGCCUGGCUUUCCUCAAUGAGACCCGACUGGACUUCUCUCAGCGUUCCAUGACGAUCUUUGUGCAAACAGAUAAGCCCCUUUACAUGCAGGGCGAGACUGUGAGGUUCAGGACCAUUCCCAUCACCACAGAGCUGAAGGGUUUCGAUAAUCCAGUGGAUGUGUACAUGCUGGAUCCCAAUAGGCACAUUGUGAAGCGUUGGCUUUCGCGUCAAUCCAAUUUGGGUUCCGUUUCCCUGGAGUACAAGCUCUCGGAUCAGCCCACCUUUGGUGAGUGGACCAUCCGUGUAAUUGCCCAGGGCCAGCAGGAAGAGAGCCAUUUCACCGUCGAGGAAUACUACCAGACACGCUUCGAGGUGAACGUGACCAUGCCCGCCUACUUCUUCACCACGGAUCCGUACAUCUAUGGUCGGGUGAUGGCCAACUUUACUAGUGGCCUGCCCGUCAGGGGUAAUCUCACUCUCAAGGCCACGAUUCGUCCGAUUGGUUACUUUAGCAAUCAAGUGCUCAAUGAAAAGUACCGCCUGGGACGGUCGCCUCUGGAGCAGGCCAAUCGAUACAACGAGCGCUGGCGCUACAAUAAUCCCAACCAGAAUCCCCAAGUGCAGUACAAUGUGCCCGGCCAGCUGCCGCAGGACGGAGCGGAUCUCUCGCAGGAUAUUCUGUACAGGAAUCAGUAUGUGGUUGAGCGUCACUACCAGUUCGAUGAGCAGUGGCCUUUUUGGGUGCGAAAGCCCGAGUAUCAGGAUACCUAUGAAGCGUGGACGGGAACCUAUAGGAAAACCCUGCCCUUCCUGCGUUACUUCAAUGGAACCUUUGACUUCAAGUGGCCGCUGCGAGAGCUGGAAGUGCUGGUGCCCCAUCUGGCCAAUUCGGAGAUCCUGAUCACGGCCACCGUCGGCGAGAAAUUCUACGAUGAGAUUAUUAGCGGUUACUCCGUGGCCAGAGUGUACAACUCUAGUUUGAGGGUGUCUUUCCUAGGUGAGUCCCCGCAGGUUUUCAAGCCAGCCAUGCCCUUCACCACCUACUUGGCGGUGGAAUAUCACGACGGUUCACCCAUUGAUCCCAACCUGCUGCGCCAGGGACUGAUGGAGGUCUCUGGCUUUGUGGAGAGCCGCAGUGGCGGCAGGAGAGACUGGCCCGCUCAGCGGUUGCAGAUGUCUCAGCAGAGCGACGGCAUCUGGGAGGUGAAAAUUGAUAUAAGGAACGACUUGAACCUGGACGAUAGGCCGCAGUCGAGGGAUUUCCUGAACGGCAUACAGAACAUGCGAUUGCAGGCGAACUUUGUGGAUCCGCGGGGUGAACGCAUCCAAACGGAGUUACUUCUGGUGUCUCACUACUCCCCCAGGAACCAGCACAUCAAGGUGACCACCAGCACGGAGAAACCGGUGGUUGGGGAAUACAUCAUUUUCCACAUUCGCACGAACUUCUACCUGGAAGAGUUCAACUACCUCAUCAUGUCCAAGGGCGUUAUACUGGUCAAUGAUCGUGAGACCAUCACCGAGGGCAUCAAGACCAUAGCCGUGGUGCUUAGCUCUGAAAUGGCACCGGUUGCCACUCUGGUGGUGUGGAAAAUCAAUCAGCAGGGCCAGGUUGUGGCCGACUCCCUGACAUUCCCGGUGAAUGGCAUCUCGAGGAACAACUUCACGGUGUACAUCAACAAUCGAAAGGCGCGGACGGGCGAAAAGGUGGAGGUGGCCAUCUUUGGCGAGCCGGGAUCAUACGUUGGCCUCUCGGGCAUCGACAGCGCCUUCUACACCAUGCAGGCGGGCAAUGAGCUCACCUACGCCAAAAUCAUCACCAAAAUGUCCAACUUUGACGAGCAGACCAAUGGCACGUACAAGCACAUCUGGUAUUCGCACGAGGGCAACCCGGACGAGCUGGUGUACUUCCCCGCCUCCUCCUUUGGCAUAGACGCGAAUCGCACCUUCGAGUACAGCGGGUUGAUAGUCUUCACCGAUGGCUAUGUGCCCCGCAGGCAGGACACCUGCAACCGCACCCUGGGCUACGGUGAGUGCCUCAGCGGGCGCUGCUAUAGGCUGGAAAAGCAAUGCGACGGAUUGUUCGAUUGCGACGAUGGCACGGACGAGAUCGGUUGCCAUGUGAGGAACGACACAGAGCUGUUGAACUACAGAAAGUACCGAUUCAAUCGCGUGCUGCGCCACUACGAGAACGUUUGGCUCUGGCGGGAUGUGAACAUAGGGCCACAUGGUAGAUACAUCUUCAAUGUGGAUGUGCCCGAUCGUCCUGCUUACUGGAUGGUUAGUGCUUUUAGCGUGAGUCCUUCCAAGGGCUUCGGCAUGAUCAACAAGGCUCUGGAGUAUGUGGGCGUGCAGCCCUUCUUUAUCAAUGUGGAGAUGCCGGAGGCCUGCCGGCAGGGCGAGCAGGUGGGUAUUCGUGUGACGGUAUUCAACUACAUGACCACGCCCAUCGAGGCCACGGUGGUGCUUCACGGCAGUCCAGACUACAAGUUCGUGCACGUGGAGGAGGAUGGCAUCGUUAGAUCCUACAAUCCCAGGACCAGUUUUGGUGAGCAUCAGUUCUUCAUCUACCUGGAGGCCCAAGGCACAACGGUGGUGUAUGUGCCUGUAGUACCGCAGCGGCUGGGCGAUGUGGAUGUGACCCUGCAUGUAGCCACUCUGCUGGGAACGGACACCAUUAUCCGACGUCUCCAUGUGGAGUCGGAUGGCCUGCCGCAGUACCGUCACCAGUCCGUACUCCUGGAUCUCUCAAAUCGCGCCUAUGUCCUGGAGUACAUGCACGUGAAUGUGACGCAAACGCCGGAGAUUCCCUACCAGGUGGAUCGUUAUUUUGUCUACGGCUCGAACCGCGCCAGGAUAUCCGUGGUGGGCGAUGUUGUGGGUCCCAUCUUCCCCACAAUGCCCGUGAAUGCCAGCUCGCUGCUGUACCUGCCCAUGGAGUCCGGCGAACAGAAUGCCUUCAGCUUCGCCGCCAAUCUCUACACGAUUAUGUACAUGCGAUUGAUCAAUCAGCGAAACAAGACGCUGGAGAAGAAUGCCUUCUACCACAUGAACAUUGGCUACCAACGCCAGUUGAGCUUUAUGCGGCAGGAUGGAAGCUUCUCGCUCUUCCGCUCCGAUUGGAACAACUCGGACUCUUCUGUCUGGCUGACCAGCUACUGCUUGCGGGUGUUCCAGGAGGCCAGCUUCUACGAGUGGGAGAACUUCAUCUGGAUUGAUGCCACCAUCAUUGAGAAGAACAUGCGCUGGCUCCUGCAGCACCAGACGCCGCAGGGAUCAUUCUACGAAGUCACCUGGCUGCCGGACAGAAAGAUGAACCGCACAAACUUUGACAAGAACAUCACUCUGACCUCGCACGUGCUCAUCACCUUGGCGACAGUAAAGGAUAUAUCUGGCACUUUGGGAUCUCGAGUGGCAUUGGCCACUCAGAGAGCAGUGGCAUACAUCGAGAGGAAUAUGGACUUCCUAAAGCGCCAAGCGGAGGCCUAUGAUGUGGCCAUCACCGCCUAUGCCCUGCAGCUCUGCAAUUCGCCCAUCGCCGAGGAGGUCUUCUCCAUUCUGCGCCGGCAGGCGAGGACCAUUGGUGACUUUAUGUACUGGGGUAAUCAGGAGAUUCCGCAACCGCCGCGCAAGUUGGAGAAUCAAAAGUGGUUCUCUCUGCCUCGCCUCCCGUACGAGUAUGAUUCGCUGAACAUUGAGACCACUGCCUAUGCCCUGUUGGUGUAUGUGGCGCGUCGCGAGUUCUUUGUGGAUCCCAUUGUGCGUUGGCUGAACUCGCAACGUUUGAACGAUGGCGGGUGGGCUUCCACCCAGGAUACCAGUGCGGCUUUGAAGGCUCUUGUGGAGUACACAGUGCGGUCGAGAUUGCGCGAGGUGUCCUCGCUGACAGUGGAGAUUGAGGCAUCAUCGCAGGGCGGCAAGACCCAGACACUGCAUAUUGAUGACACAAAUUUGGCCAAACUGCAGAGCAUUGAGAUUCCUGAUGCCUGGGGCACCAUCAAGGUCCAGGCCAAGGGCGCUGGCUAUGCCAUUCUGCAGAUGCAUGUCCAGUACAAUGUAGACAUUGAGAAGUUCCAGACCAAGCCGCCAGUGCCAGCCUUUGGCCUGCACACCAAGGCCAUCUUCCAUGGCAGGAAUCAGUCGCACAUCUCCUACGUGGCCUGCCAAAACUGGAUAAACCACCAGGAAUCGGAGCGCUCAGGCAUGGCCGUUUUGGAUGUGGCCAUACCCACUGGCUAUUGGAUACAGCAGCAAAAGCUGGACAGCUAUGUGCUCAGCAAUCGGGUGCGGAACCUGAGAAGGGCUCGCUAUCUAGAGCGCAAAAUUGUCUUCUACUUUGACUACCUGGAUCGAGAAGAUAUCUGCGUAAACUUCACCAUAGAACGCUGGUUCCCAGUGGCCAAUAUGUCACGCUAUCUGCCAGUGCGGGUCUACGACUACUAUGCGCCGGAGCGCUUCAACGAAUCUAUAUUCGAUGCUUUGCCCACAUAUCUGCUGAACAUUUGCGAGGUGUGCGGCAGCUCGCAGUGCCCGUAUUGCUCCAUUUACAACAUGGGCUGGCGCGCCUCCAUGUCCAUGUCCCUGCUGUUCUUCAGCGUGUUCAUCUACCUGCUAAGGAGUCGUACGCAUCUGGUCCUAAACAUGCUGCAACUGCUCACAUAGAAGAGAUAGAAAGAGGAAUAUCCACAGGACACAUUGCUAGGAUCUUUAGUGUUUUUUCUGUUCAUCUAUUGCGCGUUUAAUUUUUGUGUUUUUUGAGUUGUAGCUUUUUUUAGUUUGCCAACGAAAUUGCAUUCCGUCCAAAAAUGCUGGUCAACAUUUUGGCUUUUACUCUUAUUCUUUUUGUAUGAUCGUGAAUAUGUACAAAGCAGCAGUUGAACGAGAAUUCAUUUGUAUUUGAGUUGCUGAACCAAGCAGACCACAUGAUGUAGCCACCUAAUAUGUAUCUUGUAAGUCAGAGGAACCGAGGAGCAUACCCUGUGCCCUAUCUUAGAGCGGGUAUGAGAGAAACGAAUCAACAAACAACCAAUGUGUCUUUCACAAAAUGCCUUUAAUAGAUUUUAGAAAUCGUUAGCAAAUAUCUCUUGCAUAUCGAAUGGAAAUUGAUACCUACUUUAAAUACUUAUAUCCUCCUCUCUCUUGAAUAUAUUUUUAAACGAAGAGAAGCUCGAGAAACGUUGAAUGAACCGUCCAAUUUAUUUAUGCAACUAAAAUGAAUCUGCAUAGUCUGUAAGUUUUAUACGUAUUUUACCCUCUACACAAUUCUCCACUCCAACCACAAAUAGUUUGUAUCUUCUGCAUACAAAUCACACAUAGCCAUGUACAUGAAGCUGGAGAGGAGCGAGUAUUUACACUCGCCUGAAUGUAACUUGGAGUCCGUCCCCUCGUUUACCAUAAGAAUCAAAAUCGAAAUCUCUGUAUGAAGGUAACAACUUGUGUUUUUCUUUUGUAACGAACGAAAAGUGAAAAUAAACUAAAGUAAUGUUUA